AGGGGCGCGCCGGCGACCGCGAGCGGCUGCGUUUCGGAGCUCGGUCCUCCGCGCUUGGCCGAGAGCGCCCGGGGGCCGACGCGGCCGGCGGCGCCAUGUGGCUCCGGGACCCGAGACCCUGGGCCUGCCUGCUGCUGGGGGACGGGGCCUUGCUCUGGUCGCUUCGGGGGCCCCUGGGGGCUCUGCUUCCCCAGGGCCUUCCAGGACUGUGGCUGGAGGGCACCCUGAGACUUGGAGGGCUGUGGGGGCUGCUGAAGGUGGGGGGGCAGCUGGGACUGGUGGGGACCUUGCUGCCCCCGCUCUGCCUGGCAACCCCCCUGUUUCUCUCCCUGAGGGCGCUGGUGGCCGGGGCCGUGAGCGCACCCCCAGUCAGAGUGGCUUCCGCCCCCUGGAGCUGGCUGCUGGCGGGCUAUGGGGCUGCGGGGCUCAGUGGCGCGGUGUGGGCCGUGCUGAGCCCUCCCGGAGCCCGGGGCAGAGAGCAGGGCCAGGAGAAGAGCAAAGCCUUGAUGUGGAGGCUGCUGCAGCUCUCCAGGCCAGACGUGCCCUUCCUCGCCGCGGCCUUCUUCUUCCUCACUCUUGCUGUUCUGGGUGAGACGUUAAUCCCUCACUAUUCUGGUCGUGUGAUUGACAUCCUGGGCGGAGACUUUGACCCCGAUGCCUUUGCCAGCGCCAUCUUUUCCAUGUGCCUUCUCUCCGCGGGGAGCUCGCUGUCCGCAGGCUGCCGCGGAGGCUCCUUCGUCUACACCAUGUCCAGAAUCAACUUGCGGGUCCGAGAGCAGGUUUUCUCCUCCCUGCUGCGCCAGGACCUCGGUUUCUUCCAGGAGACCAAGACAGGGGAGCUGAACUCACGGCUGAGCUCAGACACCACGCUGAUGAGCGGCUGGCUUCCUUACAAUGCCAACGUGCUCCUGCGAAGCCUGGUGAAGGUGGUGGGGCUGUAUGCCUUCAUGCUCAGCAUAUCGCCUCGCCUCACCCUCCUCUCUCUGCUCGACGUGCCCCUCACCAUAGCAGCCGAGAAGGUGUACAAUGCCCGCCACCAGGCGGUGCUUCGGGAGAUCCAGGACGCAGUGGCCCGGGCGGGGCAGGUGGUGCGGGAGGCUGUGGGAGGGCUGCAGACCGUGCGCAGCUUCGGGGCGGAGGAGCACGAGGUCUGUCGCUAUAAGGAGGCCCUGGAACGGUGCCGGGGGCUGUGGUGGCGGCGGGACCUGGAGCGAGCCGUGUACCUGCUCUUGCGGAGGGUGCUGGGCCUGGGCGUGCAGGUGCUGAUGCUGAGCUGCGGGCUGCGGCAGAUCCUGGCCGGGGAGCUCACCCAGGGCCGGCUGCUCUCCUUCCUGCUCUACCAGGCCGACGUGGGCAGCUACAUGCAUACGCUGGUGUACAUGUGUGGCGAUAUGCUGAGCAACGUGGGGGCUGCCGAGAAGGUCUUUUCCUACCUGGACCGACAGCCAAAUCUGCCCUCACCUGGGGAACUGGCCCCCAGCACUCUGCGGGGGCUUGUGGAAUUCCAGGAUGUCUCCUUUGCAUAUCCCAAUCGCCCUGACCAGCCUGUACUCAAGGGUCUGACGUUCACCCUCCGUCCUGGCGAGGUGACAGUGCUGGUGGGACCCAAUGGAUCUGGGAAGAGCACAGUGGCUGCCCUGCUGCAGAAUCUGUACCAGCCCACCGGGGGACAGGUGCUGCUGGACGGGAAGCCCGUCUGGCAGUACGAGCACCACUACCUGCACAGCCAGGUGGUUUCGGUUGGGCAGGAGCCUGUGUUGUUUUCGGGUUCCGUGAGGGACAACAUUGCUUACGGGCUGCAGAGCUGUGAGGAUGACAAGGUGACAGCUGCUGCCCAGGCCGCCCACGCUUAUGACUUCAUACAGAAAAUGGAGCAUGGAAUGGAUACAGACGUAGGGGAGAAAGGGAGCCAGCUGGCUGCGGGGCAGAAACAGCGACUGGCCAUUGCCCGGGCCCUUGUGCGGGACCCGCAGGUCCUGGUCCUGGAUGAGGCCACCAGCGCCUUGGACGCGCAGUGUGAGCAGGCGCUGCAGGACUGGCAUUCCCGCGGGGACCGCACGGUGCUGGUGAUCGCGCACAGGCCGCAGGUGCUCCGGCGCCCCCACCAGGUCCUGGUGCUCCGCGGCGGCGAGCUGCGGGGGCGCGCCCAGCCCGGCGAGGGGCAGGACGCCUAUUCCCGCCUGGUGCGCGGGUGGCUGGAGGACGACUGCGGCCCCAAGGACCCCGGGCCUUCCCAGGGCCAUCUCCAGGACCCGGAGCAGCUCCUGCUUUGAGUCUCCCCGGGGGUUGUCCUGGGCUGGAGGCAUGGUGGAGAUUCGGACUACGCAGUGCUUUUGGCAGGGUGGAGCGGGUGGGGUGGGUGCUGUUUGUGCCCAGGAACCUUAUUUCCUGGGUGCGUGAGCUGUGCCUGGUGCUGAGUAGUGGUCUGUGCAUAAUAAAGAUAUUUAAAAUAUUGUCCUUAUUAUA